GAACUUGAUCGUGAGUGUUGUAAUGAUGUACGACACAAGUCCUCUUAGCUAUAGUUAAUGAUCCAAAACAACAAUAAUGACUUAGGAUAACUUGCCAAAGCAGGACGGAUGAUGCACUUUGCCGACUUCCUUGCAGGAUCUAUUGGAGGAGCUUGUGGAGUGGCGGUCGGUUAUCCACUGGAUACUGUGAAAGUCAGAAUCCAGACUCAAAAACAGUUCACCGGAAUCUGGCAGUGCAUCGUAACAACCAUCAAAAGAGAAGGGCUCCAUGGCUUCUUUAAAGGGAUGGCCUUGCCGGUCACCACUAUAUCCAUGACUUCUUCUGUGGUGUUCGGCACGUACAGGAACUGUCUGCAGUGCUUCAGUCAGAUCCACGGGACUGGAGCUCCAAACACAAAGCUUGAUAUUUUCCUGGCUGGACUGGCAGGUGGCGUGGCACAGAUUUCUGUCAUGUCACCCGGGGACAUCGUAAAAGUGCGUCUUCAGUGUCAGACGGAGUGCAAGAGGAGUGGAUUUAAUACUCCUAAACCCAAAUACAGCGGUCCGAUCCACUGCCUGCUGACCAUCGUCAAAGAGGAGGGAAUUUUAGGGCUUUAUAAAGGAGCGCUCCCUCUGGUGUUCAGGGACGGCCCGUCAUUCGCCACGUACUUCCUGACGUACAACACACUGUGUUCAAAUCUAACGCCACCAGGACGGAAAGAGCCAGAGUGGGCCGCGGUGCUGUUCUCCGGCGGAGUCGCGGGAAUAGCCGGCUGGUCUGUCGGAACGCCGAUGGACGUGAUUAAAGCUCGUUUACAGUUAGAUGGAGUGAGAGGACAGAAGCGGUACCGUGGACUCGUUCACUGCAUCACCGAGACGGUGCGUAACGAAGGACCGGCGAUUUUCUUCAAAAGCCUCGGAAUAAACUGCCUGCGAGCGUUUCCCGUAAACAUGGUCGUGUUCGCCGUCUAUGAGGUCACGGUUCGUAUUCUCAGGUCAGCAUCUCUGGAUCAGCUCUCAUGAUGCUGAAGAAACACUAAACGUCACGGCAUUAGUCUAGAGAUGAUUGUAUUUCACUGUGGGAGAAUCAUGGGGCUGAUGGGGCGAAUCCACGAGAACAUUUCCAGCUCGUAUUAUAUAUUUCACCCCAAAAUCAAAAGAAAGUAAAGUAUUAUUUGAAAGUAGAAAAUAAUAUUUUGCCUAAAGGAAAUUAGGCCUGUUUUUGGACCAUUUCGAUGUUUUGCGUUGCAUUGUAAUGUUGUUUCCAUGACAACUAAGCACAUUUAUCUUGCAAUAUCUCAUUACAGUAAUGCAAAACAACAACAACAACUCAAUUCAAAACAAAUAUAUAUCCUUGAAAUAUCUUUCACAAUUGUAGUAUCUCUCUAGAUGCAUUUUGGUAAUGAAAAUGAGAUUACAGUAAUGACAAUAAAACAAAAUAUGUAAAUAAAUAAUCAUCUUCAAGGUACUAAAAAUACACUUUAUUUUCUUCAUGCAAAAUACAAUUUUCUUUCUUUUAAUUUUUUGCAUUGUUUUGAGCAGACUAUGACUUGCAAAGGUCACAAGG